GUAUAGAAAAAUAUAAUAAUCUCAAAUGCAUUACUUUUGAACGAUUCAGUUCGUUAUAUGUAGGAUCCGCCCGUAUAUGAUUUUAGUUCGGGAUAAAAAUGUACAGAAGCUCUUAAGAAUUCCGAAUAUGUUUAAGAAAAUUAUCCUCUGUUGCGUGGGCUGGCCUUGAUAUGCUCAAAAGUGUGGGGCUGUUCCAUUAUCUACCCUGCGGAAAUCUUCAUCUCCAUCCUCUUACUACUACUGUAUUGGUAAAUAGAAGUGAGUGAGCAGAGAAGGGCGGGUGAUGGCGGGCGGGCGGGAAGAAACGAUUUUGGUGACCGGAGGGGCGGGGUUCAUAGGAACCCACACAGUGGUUCAGCUUCUCAGUGGAGGGUUUACGGUUUGGAUGAUAGAUAAUCUGCACAACGCUGUAGAAGAAGCUGUGAGUAGGGUCAGGGACUUGGUUGGACCCCAUCUCUCCCUCAAUCUUCACUUCCGUCUGGGUGACAUCAGAAACAAGGAUGAUCUGGAAAAAAUGUUUUCUGAAACAAAGUUCGAUGCUGUUGUCCAUUUUGCGGGGCUUAAAGCUGUUGGAGAGAGUGUUGCUUAUCCCAUUCGUUAUUUUGAUAACAAUCUUAUUGGAUCGAUAAACCUAUACUCAGUUAUGCAAAAAUAUAAUUGUAAGAAGCUGGUUUUCUCAUCAUCAGCAACAGUUUAUGGUCAACCCGAGAAGAUUCCAUGCGUAGAGGAUUUCCAAUAUAUGGCUAUGAACCCUUACGGUCGAACAAAGGUGGUCCUUGAAGAGAUAGCCCGAGAUAUUCAAAUGGCAGAUCCAGAGUGGAGAAUGAUUUUGCUGAGAUAUUUCAAUCCGGUAGGGGCUCACCCUAGUGGAAGACUUGGGGAAAAUCCUAAAGGCAUACCCAACAAUCUCAUGCCUUACAUCCAACACGUAGCGCUUGGUCGGUUGCCCGAGCUAAAUGUGUAUGGUCAUGAUUAUCCCACCCCAGAUGGCACUGCUAUACGAGAUUAUAUCCAUGUUAUGGAUUUAGCGGAUGGCCAUGUUGUUUCACUUGAUCGACUUCUUAAACAAGAGGAUAUUGGUUGUGUUGCCUACAACUUGGGAACUGGCCAGGGCACAUCUGUUUUGGAAAUGGUAGCUGCCUUUGAAAGAGCAUCGGGGAAGAAAAUCGCAAUCAAACUAUGUCAAAGAAGAGAGGGGGAUGCCACAGCUGUUUACGCAUCAACGGUGAGGGCUGAAAAAGAGCUUGGUUGGAAGGCGAAGAAGGGAAUAGAUGAGAUGUGCAGGGACCAGUGGAAAUGGGCAAGCCAAAACCCUUGUGGAUAUCAUUCCCAGCCAUAAAUUCCCAGCCAUAUUUUAUUUUUACAAGCAUCUCACCAUAGCUUCUCCGUCGCCAUGUCUAGCUCAAAAUCAGGUAGUUCAAACUGUACGGGCCAAUAUGAAUAUGGAGAGUGGAUUCCGGUGAAGUAUUGUGAAUGUGGGCAACGAAUGAAGAUGUUGACAACUUGGAAACCAGAGAACUGUGGGAGAAGAUUUUGGAAAUGCAUUGGAAGUCAGAGAUUUGAAGGUUGUGGUUUGAUGGAGUGGUUUGACCCUCCGAUGUGCAAAAGGUCUCAAAAAAUAAUCCCAGGAUUACUGAAAAAACUGAAUGGCUAUGAAGAAAAAAUCCAUUCAUUGGAAUUGAAGGUUGAAACAUUGGAGACAAACUGGUUCAGACCACAGAAGAAGAAGACAAAACGUAGUAACUGCAUUACAGUAGUGUGCUUUAUGUGUGUUGUGGUUAUUAUUGUUUCAGUGUGGUUGAAAGGCAAAUAAUGUAAUGUAGUGAGGUGUGUGAUGUUGUACUUGUAAAAGCUUUUUAAAAGCUGUUGAUUAUCAUGAUUUCGUAUGAAAUGAAAGUUAUAUGA